CCGCACUCUCCCCUCUGCAGCAAAAGAAUCGCUAUGUGCAGAUGAAGAGGUCGGCGCUACUGAUCCAGGCUUACGCCCGGGGGUGGAAGUCUCGCCGGCUUCUGCGGGAGCUGAAACAUGAUAGACGCUGCCAUCAGGCCUCGGCUACCAUUUCCGCCUACUGGAAAGGGUACAAGUCUCGCCGGCUUCUGCGGGAGCUGAAGCAGGAGAGGAGCUGCCAUCAGGCCUCGGCUACCAUUUCCGCCUACUGGAAAGGGUACAAGACGCGGAAGGAAUACAAGAAAUAUUUCCGCUCCGGGGCAUCCAUCCGGCUGGCCAAUUUCAUCUACCGGAGACUGUUGCAGAAGUUUUUUGUGGGGCUGAGGACCGGCCUGCCCCCCCUGGCAGUGUCUGACCGCAGCUGGCCUGCCGCUCCCUACAAGUUCCUGGCAAACACCAACGAGGAGCUGAAGAAAAUAUUCUACUGCUGGAAGGUCAGAGCUCCGCACGGCUCCUGUCAGAGGAGGGGCCCAGCCCUGGCUGCUUUUGGCCAGAGAAAUAUCCCACUUCUGCCACCACGGGGAGAGGCUCCACACCUGAGAUCCCCCCUCCAUAGCUACAUCCCACCUCCCUCCAUUCCCUCGUUGCCCCGCAGCGCGGUACCCCUCUUCUGACUUCCCCGGCCUCACACGUCUGCCGUGUUGCCAUGCGGCUUUUCCUCGGCCACCCUAGAGGUGGCUGCAUUUCAGGGCCAGGCUCGGAAGCAACCUCCAGAGCCUCCCAGCCAAGAGAU